AUGGCAGAAGCAAAGGCUCUUCGUAUGAAUGCAGCAGAUCAUGAAAUUAGCUAUGCUAAUAAUUCAGUUUUCCAAAAAGCAGUGAUAUCAAAGGUAACUCCAAUUAUCGAAGAAUCCAUCAGAGAUAUGUUGAAGGAAAUGGGUCCAGCUUGUAUAAAGGUGGCAGACUUGGGUUGCUCUUCAGGACGUAACACCUUCGAGACUAUAUCUCAAGUUAUGAACACUAUCCAUGGGAUAUGCAAACGAGAAGAGUUGAAAUUUCCAGAGUUUGAAGUGCUUCUAAAUGAUCUCCCAGACAAUGACUUCAACUCUGUGUUUAUGUCUGCUCCUGAUUUCGUUGAGAGGCUGAAGAAAGAGAAAGGAGAUAUGGUCCAAGAAAGGUGUUUUAUAGGAGUUGCUGGCUCUUUCUAUGAUAAACUCUUUCCAACCACAACCCUCCAGUUUGUCAAUUCUUCCUAUGCGCUCCAUUGGCUCAAAAAGCUUCCAACUGGGCUAGAGAACAAUAAAGGAAACGUAUACAUGGCAAGAUCAAGUCCUCCCAAUGGACUUGUAGAAGAGACAGAUGUGGAUUCAUUCAACCUUCCUUUCUAUACACCUUGCAAAGAAGUGGCUGAGAUUGUCAAGAAAGAAUGA